UCUGAGCUUGGUAAACUAGAGCAACUUCAGGGAGGCAUUUCUAAUCGCAGACUGCGCCCUCUGACGUACACCAAUCUCUAAUAAUUUGCUUUGAACUUGGUAAACUACUAGAGCAACUUCAGGGAGGCAUUUCUAAACGCAGACUGCGCCCUCUGACGUAAACCAAUCACUAACAAUUUGCUUCUGAGCUUGGUAAACUACUAGAGCAACUUCAGGGAGGCGUUUCUAAACGCAGGCUCCGCCCUCCGACCUAAGCCAAUCAGCGCUGCUCGCUUUCGAUUGGUUUUCCGCAUUCUCAUCCAUUUCUGUGAGGGCAAACACUGCUCCCGAAGAUCCGUUUACAAAACACCGACGUCACUGCGCUGACUCCUCCCGCUCGAAGCGUUUAUUGGUCGGGUCCUCUGCCUAUCAUUGUGACGCUCGCAGCCCUUUCCUCUGCAGAGGAAAAAAAAAAAGUACUUUCAAGAUGGCGGACGCUGAGAUAACAAUGGCAAGCGGGCGGCGGCGGAGGCGUUAGGGGCUGCGAGGCGGGAGAGGAACGGAUGCACGCGAUUUUGUACGCCGAGCAGAUUUAGAGGACUGCCAUUUUAAGAGGCCCCGGGUAUGAUAGUGGAAUUCCCGGAAUAGUCCGUCUUCACCUCUCCCCACAGAUGGCGGAUUUUGUGGUCCCCCGACACAGCGCCGUGAUGGAGCGUUUGCGCCGACGCAUAGAACUAUGUCGGAGACAUCACGGUACGUGCGAGUCGCGUUACGAAGCCGAGGCUGGGGAGAGGCUGGAGCUGGAGAGGCAACACACGUUCCAGUUACACCAGCGCUGCCUGCAGACCAAGGCCAAGAGGGCCGGCAAGCAAAGACAGACGCAGCCUAUUCCUAAUACGGAGUCUGGAGCGGCCAGGGGGAAUCCGAGCACAAGCGGCAGCCUGGAGACUGAUGGAGCAGGAGGCAGCGGAGAUCAGUGUAGGAACAGCACUCUCAUCGCGCAGCUCCAUGAAACUGUUAAAAGAAAGCUGGAUAAUGCAGCUUCCCCACAAAAUGGGGAUCAGCAGAAUGGAUAUGGAGACAUGUUUUCUGUGCCUAAGAAAUUGAGACACGACGAUGCACUUGGCGGUGUUAUUGGUUCAUCAAAUGGGAUGCCUCCUGUUUCUCCCCUAAAUCAGCUGGAUCACAAACCUCCCAAUGGAGACUCGUUGCAUUUAAAUGGGAAUCACUCGAUUGGACUAGAUGGCCACACUAAAAAGUGUCUUUCAGACGGUGGUCUGCAGCUUAACGGUAAUGGAGAUGCGGAUGACUUCUCUCUUUGUUUAAGCAAAGAGAUGAAACAAGAACCGAUAGAUGAUCUACCUUGUAUGCUGUCUGGAGUGGGUGGUUCUAUAUCUCAAAACAACCUGAUGCCAGACCUUAACUUAAAUGAGCAGGAAUGGAAGGAGCUCAUAGAAGAACUUAACAAAUCUGUACCAGAUGAAGAUAUGAAGGACCUUUUCAAUGACGAUUUUGAAGACAAAAAAGAUAUAGAUGCUUCAAACUCUGCAACGCAAACUCCUCUGGCUCAAGAUAUCCACAUAAAGACCGAGUUUUCUCCAGCCGCAUUUGAUCAUGAGUCCCAUGGAUCACCACAAUGUAGAUCAGCAUCAUCUGGCCCUUUUGUUGGUGCUCCAUCGGCACCUGCCAGCAGUGCAUCUCCAGGUGUUUGUAGUUCUCAGACUGUGUUCCAGUCAGCUGGUCAGGCAGUGACUGAGUCCUCUAACCAGGCUUUGAUGCAAUCCUCAAACCAGCCACCAAAUGUGCAGAGAUCUUUACCCAACGUGUUAAUGCCUUUGCAGGGUAAUCCAACUGCCAAAGAGAUGUCGUCCGCCCAACAGCUUCAGCAGAUUGCAGCCAAGCAGAAACGAGAUCAGUUGUUACAGAAUCAGCCGGUUCACCAGACUAAUCAAAUGCCCAACUGGCCCCAGUCCAGGUCAUCACAGAGUCCUUUAGGAGUUUCAUACACUAUGGAAAAGCCAACGAGCCCUUCUGUUUACUCACAAGACUUUACCAAUCAGAAAAUGAUGAUGUCUAACCUAAACAAGAGUUCCCCUCGUGGUGGAGCAAAUUACAUGCAGCCAAAUCGUGUAAAUAUGAUUGGCCAGAAGCCUGCAAACAACUUAAACGCUAAUCCUGCUGCGGCCCCAAAUGCCAUGCUGGACUAUGGCAAUACAAUACCCCUUUCCCAUUUUGAGACUCAGCGGGGACCUGGCGUCGUGAACCAGAACCAGAAUAAACCAGGCAUGUUACCAUAUCCACAGCGUCAACAGCAACAAUUGUCACACAUGUCGGAGGAACAGAAGUCUAUGUUUCUUCUAAAACGAAAGGCUGGAAUGCAAUACAGGCCUUUAGUGUCACACGGCCAGGACCUUAACAUAACUUCAAGUGUACCCCGUGCCCCCGUAUCUGUGGCAGGGCCUGGAGUGGUUGCACAACCGCCAGUAGCCUCUAUGGCAGGGAAUCACAAUAAUGCUGCAUACGUAAGUGGUCAGCAACAGGCCGUAAUGAAACAGCAGCUCCUUUUGGAGCAGCAGAAGCAAAGAGAGCAGAAACAGCUUCUUUUGGAGCAGCAUAAGCAGCAAAUUCAGAUGGCACAAAGGCAGCAGCAUCUCCUUGCGGAACAGGAGAAACAGCGCCACCAACAGGAACAGCUCCAACGACAUCUGACUAGACCUCCACCACAGUACCAGGAUCAGUCACAGAAUUCUUACCCUCAGCAGGCUGUUGGGCCAUUCCCAGGAUCCUCGACCGUUAUUCCUGGAGUGAAUAAUAUUUCACAGCCCACCUCUGGCACCCCUCGGAUUUUUUCUCAGACGCAACAAAUGAUGCAGAUGGGAGGAGGUCACACAACUGUUCCACCAUUAACAUCCGGUUCCAACUCUCAAGACCGUUCUGUUUCCCAGUACCCCAGUCUCCAGACUGUGCAGCGUGGUGGUAUGUACAACAUGGGAUCUGGUCUCUCGCAGAUAAUAGGUAAUCAUGCAACGCAAAAUAACAUACCCAAUGGUCAACCGCAGAUACAGAGACAGGCAAGUAAUCCUCACCCUGCUGGCUAUGGACCGAAUCCUAUGGUAAACUCUGGGUUACCACAACAGCACAACAAACUGGGUAUUAAUACUGCCGUGACAAAGGCCCAGAUUCCAAGAAUGCCUUCUGCCAUGUCUUCACAGAACCCUACAUGGCCAAACCAAGGCAUGCAGAACAUAAACAGUCAACCCCAAGGAAAUGGUGGUUUGGGUGCAUUUAGUGCAGCCAGUGCCUCUUUUCAUCUCCAGCAGACUCACCACAAAUUGGGCAACCAACAGUUUGGCCAAGGCAUGCCACAGGUUGGUCUUGCAACCAGUCGACCCAUGACAUCAAUAAACCAGUCUGUUACUGGUCAGAUGAUGCCGUACAUGGCAUCCCAGCAAAGGACAAACCCUGCAAGUCAGCAACCACCACCCAAUCAGCAGGUCCUACCAGUGAUGAACCAGACUGUGGCAGAUAUAACGGCAUUCAGCCAGAAUACUGGCCAGCAGAUGACUAAUAGAGCCGGACUCCACUGUAAUCAGAAUUAUCAGGUGAGAUCAGCCAGUCAGGACUUGCCUUUCGGCUAUAGCAAUCAACCCGGCAGUAGCGGGCUACAGAAUUUGUCUGGUGAUGCUGACCUGUUGGACUCUUUACUGAAAAACAGGACUUCCGAAGAGUGGAUGAAUGACUUGGAUGAGUUGCUUGGCAAUCAUUGAUAUUGGGGCGGAUAAUUUCUUUUUCUCUUAUUUAGCUAAUAUUUUCAAAUAUGUUAGUACAUUUUUAUAAAAAGAAAAAGUGAAAAAAAAAAACCAUCAUUGUUUGGACCAAAAAUCUCCACCAUGUCGGCGAGGCUGGAACGCAAGCUGCGAUGCUGCUUUAUCUUUCUAUUUUCUUAGUCAGUGCCUGGAGCAUAUUAGGAGGGGGGGGGGUCUCUGCUUCUCACUGUGGCGUGUCACUAAACUUGGCAGGAAACACUUUAAAAUGCCUUAUGUUCUAUGCACAUCGGUGUGCACAAGGCAGUAAGCUUUUGGUUAAAGUUCCAUAGUUGACAUUAAAAUGUCUAAAGCUGC